GCAACGUCCACCUACACCUCGCCCACUCCUGUUCCCAACACUGUUGUUCCACCAGGCAAUGGUGCUGGUCGCAUGGGUUCUCCUCGCCGCCGCGGUGUACCACGUCAUCUCGCGUCUCGUGCAGUUCAGGCAGCUGCUCGCAAAAAUUAGGUUCCUCCCUGGGCUGCGUGCGACGACAAGCCUACUCGGUCAUGCGCGGUGGAUCAUCCCAAUGCGCAUCCCGUACGUUACACACGGCGCCAACCUGCUGUUCGAUGGCAAGCAUGCGCUGUUCAAGCAGUUCGGACUCGACGUCAUUUCGAUCGUCUCAACCCAUCCGCUGCAGGCGUUGUUUGUGAUUGCCGACCCGGCAAUCCUCCGAGAGAUGACCGCUGCUCGCUCGCGCUUCCCUAAACCUGUAGAGAUAUACGACAUCCUGUCACUGUAUGGCCCAAACAUCGUGGCAUCAGAACACGACGCCUGGAAACGCUACCGGAGGAUAUGCUCGCCCGGGUUCUCCGAGAAAAAUAACAGGCUCGUCUGGUCGGAGACCGUCCGCGUCGUGACAGAACUGUUCGAUAUAUGGGUUGGAAAGGACGAGAUUGUUGUGGACGAUGCAUUAGCACUUACCGCCACGAUUACAUUAUUUGUAAUUAGUUCCGCAGGCUUUGGUCAAGCCAUCGCAUGGAAUGGCGGGGAAGAGCGCCCAGAAGGCUACAAGAUGUCGUUCAAGGAAGUCAUGCACCACAUGUCGACGGGCGUAUUCACCAAGAUUGCGACACCGCAGUGGCUGCUCGACCUCGGCCCCACUGAGAAAAUGCGUAAUACGAACACGGCGUUUAAGGAACUGGGAGUGUAUAUGUCAGAUAUGAUCAGGCAGCGUCGCGAGUCGCAGCAUAAAGAGGAGAGAUACGACCUGUUCAAUGGUUUGCUAGACGCGAGCGAGGAGGAGGAGGAGGGGGAAUUGAAGCUGACCGAUGAGGAACUCAUGGGCAACGUAUUCAUUUUCCUGAUUGCAGGGAACGAAACGACUGGGCAUACCCUGUGCUACGCUCUCGCACUCUUGGCACUACACCCAGACGAGCAAGAAAAACUCUAUCAGCAAAUAAGGUCAAUCCUUCCGGCGGGCGAGCUACCACGCUAUCAAGAUCUGCGUAAUUUUACCUAUGCGGACGCUGUAUUAUGCGAGACGCUCCGGAUGUUCCCCCCCGUCUUUGGCAUCCCAAAGCGUGCGGCGGAUGACGCGUUUUUCAAAACGACAAAUGAUGCAGGCGAGCCGGUGGUCGUGUUCAUACCCAAGGGUUCCGACGUCUUGUUUGACACUGCAGGGCUGCACUACAAUCCGAAAUACUGGACCGACCCACACACUUUCUCCCCUUCGCGAUUUACUCGUUCGGACUGGCCGCGGGACGCAUACCUCCCGUUCAGUGGUGGCCCGCGCGCGUGCCUCGGGCGCCGCUUCGCGGAGAUUGAGAUCAUCGCAGUUCUCGUGCUCUUCGUCUUGCGCUUCACCAUCCAUGUCAAAGACGAGCCGAAGUACAGGAGUGAGACGGAGCAGCAGAGGAGGGACAGAGUGCUCAAGAGCGUGUCCGUCCUGACAUUGACGCCGACAGGGGUAUCUCUCGUCUUUAAAAGGAGGAAGUGAUUAUUUGCGAUCAGAAUAAUAACAUUAUUCGGACAAACCAAUCGCCCCUCAGAGGACUCCAUAGCCGAGAUGCGUUCCUGGCCAGUGGUUGAAAGAAGCUCCAAUUGCUUUGCUUGCGUAGCUUCAUUAAAUAGAAUGUCGGAUCUU